CGUGGCGCUGUUCGCUUCAACGUCUCCGCGCUGUCGUUCAAUCAGUGACGUGGAUUUUCAUUGAGGCAGUCAGUGCUGCCAGAAAACACAGACUUACCAACGUCUCAGAGCUUUUCCACUAACUUUCUUUACAUUUAGAAGUUGGGACCACUCAUUUUAUUUCCUUCGUUUGUCCCACUUCAGUACAGUUUUGUCACCGCUUUCAUAACAGACUCCAGAAUGAGUAAAAUCAGCAAAGUGUUGAACCUGAAGGAUCAAAUCGACGGUAAUGAAGCGGACCUGAGUCUGUGUAACCUCACCGAGGUGCCAGUCAGAGAGCUGGCUUUAUUCACCAAAGUAACUGUUGUGGACUUGUCUUGCAACAACAUAACCUCCCUUCCUCCAGAGUUCUGCAACCUAACCCACCUAAUGAAGGUGGAUCUGAGUAAAAACCAGCUGACCUGUCUGCCAGACGACCUGGGGAACCUGGUCAGCCUUCAGCAUCUGGACCUGUACAACAACAAGCUGACUGUCCUGCCGGUCAGCUUCUCUCAGCUCAGGAGUCUGAAGUGGUUGGAUCUGAAGGAUAACCCGCUGGAGGCCGGCCUGGCCAAGGCAGCAGGAGACUGUCUGGAUGAGAAGCAGUGCAAACAGUGUGCCUCCAAGGUCCUGCAGCACAUGAGAGAACUUCAGGAUGAGGUCGAUCGUGUACGAGAGAAACGCCUUUUGAGGGAAAAAGAGCUGGAGAGGAAGAGGGAGGUGAAGCAGAGGGAGCGGGAGGCCAAAGAGAAGGAGGCUCGUAAACGGGAGAAGGCGGAGGAGAAGGAGAAGAGGAGGAAAGAGUACAACACUCAGAAGGCGGCCGUGGCUGCACGGGAACAACAGAAGAAGAAGAGUGAGGAGAAGAAGAAAAAGAACGGACAGGCAGCAGAUAAAAAGGCUGCUGUGGAAUCGGCGCCUAAACCUCGCCGUUCUCUCAUUGGCCUGAUGUUCAAGCUCUUCCUCCUGCUGCUACUGGGAUUGGCCGGAGUCGCCGCCGCCUGCCGACUGACCGACCUGCAGAAGGAAGCCAUGUGUGUGCCGGUCAACAUCGCCGUGGACGACGUCCUAUCCUGGGCCAAAGAGCAGGAGGGCGUGGUCAGACAAAUGGUGCAGAAUCUGUCGUCCGCGGCGAAGGAGUUUGUUGAAUCCACACGGGCGUCAAAGAACUAAACUCAUCUUCCACCAUCACCUUCCAGAGCUGCAGGUUUUCCACUCCCACCUGUGAAUCCUGGGAUUUUUUUUUUUUUUAUAUGCUGAAAUUAAGAAUUUCAUAGGCAACCCUGCAUCCCCUCACCCUGCUGGGAGGUGGCGAGUCUGUUCAGAUAGACAAAAGGGGGAUUGACAGAUGUGUUUAAAAUCAUCUUAAAUUCCUAUGGAAUUGUUGUCGCUCUUGUACCCUCUUUGUAAUACAGCCUGUUUUUAAAGAAGCGUCUUAAAUGUCUCCCCGACCAGGUUUUUCGUUAGGGUGCAUUAUGUGGAGCGUGGGGUGCAUUUGAGAUGUUCAGAGAAACGUCAGGUGGCCCCGUCUGUGCUACACUGGAGUGCUGAGUCACGUGUUAGCUGCCGGUCAGAGUUGUGCAUAAGCUGGUGUUGGAUGUGGAACAUCUGAGCAUGUGCAGUGAAGGCUGUGUGAAUGUAGAGCGCACUCGUCUGUGGCCUCCUCUGUUUUUAUAGUCUUAAAUCAGUCGAACCAGCUCUCCCAUCUUGCAGCUAAUACACAUCGGGCCUCAUGCAGGAAGCAAUAAACAAACAACUUUCCUCUUAUUUUUGUUCUUAUUUUGUUCGUAGCCAUAGAUUUCUGGGAUUCAGCAAUGUUUUUGUUUACAGACAAUUUUUACGAGUUGUCGAGAGCACACUUUGUGUAAGUGCACAAAGUGUUUGUCCAACAUAUGUUGUAAAUUUGAGGUACAUAAAAAGCCCAUGAAUAUCCUAUCACAUUUAGAUUUAUGUUUGUGAUUGGAUUAUUACAUUUGUGGGCUAAAGAAAUGUUGAUCCCAGUUAGCAGUUUAAAGACUGUUGGAAGAUGAUAUUGCGUGCGCUCAGUUUGCUGUAACACCAGUACUGACAAAUCCCAUGUUUACUUUGUUUAGGUUUAUUUAACAGGACCUCAUGCAGCCUUUAUUUAGUGUCGUCUUUUGUGCCAGAGGGUUUGCACACGGCACAACAUCACACACCUCCAAUUUAUGAUCAAGCAGAUUAAUCAUUCAAAAAUACAAGAGAGUUUUAAGAGAACAAUGCUGCGUGAGGCUCAAUGUGUGGCAUGCAAACUAGAGCCCAACUUUAUAGAGUGGACUUUUAUCAUCACGGUAUAACGAUCUCAUGUGAGUAAAUAUUGGCGAACCUACAGCAGGACAGAAAUGCCAAAGAUGUUUGAAGUCAUUUAGAAACAGUGUUGUCAUUAGAGCUGCAACUAACGAUUAUUUUCAUUAUCAAUUAAUCUGCCGAUUAUUUUCUAGAUUAAUCGUUUGGUGUAAAAAAAAUGGCCUUCCCAGUUUCUCAAAGU